CGCGUCAGUGGCGGGUAAAGGGGGGUGCAGUGGCCCUAGCCCCCAGCUCCUAACCUCUCGGGGCGCCAGCCAUCUUGUUUCCCCGGCCACCACCCCCCACCGCCUCUGGAUGUAGACCACCCAGCCUCCCCUCCUAAUCUCCCUUUCUCUCCAGGAAUUUAGGGAUCCAGGAUGCCCUGAGUCUGGGAGGGGAGGGUUGGACACCAGACACCGAGAGGCAGAGUAGUAAAGGCCAGCAGGUCACCGAUGGGGGACACCAACUUUCCCCAGCAGGUCACCUGGGCUGAGUCUGUGGGGUUGGGAUGCUGUAGGCACAUCCUUCACUGACCGGCUCUGAGGUGGACUCCCGGGACUCUCCCAUCUGGAUCGAAGAGUUUCCUGCCUGGUCUUCAAACUGCUUGUCGCUCCUUUGAUUCUCUGAGAGCCUGGCGGAGAGUAGACAGAGCAGGGGGAAGCCCAGAAAGACGAGUUCCCAUAUCCAGGAGGGGCUGGACUGGUGACAAAGACAACUAUCCCAGAUUCCGUCAGGAGUUAGUUGGCCUGAAAGAAGAAAGUCAUGGAGUCCCUUGAAGAAAUAUCAGAGGAAGAGGCUCCCAAAGGACCCAGAACUUCCUCCUUCCUGUCCGGGAAGCUCACAGCCAAGGAGAUUCUGGCCACCAAGACCCAAAACUACUUUGCUGAGACUAAAAGAACCGAGGAUAUCUUAAUGCAGGUCGCUUUCUCCAUUGGGCUGGGUAGCAUAUGGCGUUUCCCUUACCUGUGUCAGCGGAACGGAGGAGGCAGCUUUAUCCUGAUGUACUUCUUCAUGCUCCUCUCGUUUGGGAUUCCCCUCCUGUACAUGGAGAUGAUCGUGGGGCAUUGGCUGCGUGUGGACAACAUCCGGGUCUGGAAGCAGCUCGUCCCCUGGCUGGGCGGCAUAGGAUACGCUAGCAUAUUGGUGUGCAUCUUGAUGAGCUUGUAUAAUAGCGUCAUCAUCACCUGGAGCCUCUCCUACCUGGCCAACUCCUUUGAUAACUCCCUGCCCUGGAACCAGUGCCCACUGGUGAAGACCACCAAUGUCACUGACCUCUCUUGCCUUCGGACUGUGUCCCACCAGUACUUCUGGUACCACACCACCCUGAGCGCCUCAGGCCACAUUGAGGAAGGGGUCGACGCCCUCGUCCUGCACCUCACACUGGGCAUCUUCGCAGCCUGGUUCCUCCUCUUCUUAACCAUGAUCACAGGGCUGAAGAUUUCAAUGCAGGCCUGCCGACCUGUGCUCCCUGUAAUGCUUGCCUCCACCUGCCCCUCCUCCCCCCUUCUCCUGACUUCUGGUUUCUGUCUUGACCCACCUGGCCAGAUCCUGAUUUUUUCGGUAUUCCUCCUCUACAUCCUCCUCCUCUGCUUCCUCAUCCGAAGUCUCUUCUUGGAAGGUGCAGUUGCCAGCCUCAGACGUAUGGUGACCACAGAGCUCUCAUCCUGGGCCUCGCUGGACCUCUGGCGUCAGGCAGGAGGCCAUGUGGUUUAUUCCUUAGGCCUGGGCCUGGGCACCACCAUCAACUUCUCCUCCAAGGCUGGAGGCAACAGCUACAUCCAGGUGGCCUCUUUGGUGGCCCUGGUCAACCUGGUGACCUCAUUGCUGCUCACAUCCAUCGUCUUUAUAGUGCUGGAGUUCUGGGCCACCACCAGCGGCCACACCUGUGUUGAGAAGAGUGUCUCAAAAUUGAUAAGCCUGAUAAAAAAGGGGGUGCUGCCUCAGGAUGCCAAGCCCCCCGAAGACAUCCUCCUCCUGCCCGCCCUGGACUACCUAGACUGGAUCAGCAAUCUCCCUCAACACCUCCAGUACCCGGUCAUCCGCUUCUCCCCAUCCUGCAGCAUCAUGACCCAGAAGGAUAAGUUCAUGGAGGGACCUGGCCUGGCAUUCGCAGCUUUCUCCCAAGCCAUCUCGCUGUUCCCUGGCGCCUCUCUCUGGGCCAUCCUCUUCUUCUUGGCCCUGGUCAUCAUGGGGCUGAGCACCUUGAUGAGCAUCUUGGAAGGCAUUGUCUGUCCCCUCCAGACCUCCUUCUCCCUCUUCAGGAGGUAUCCCAAGCUGCUGUCAGUGCUCAUCUGCUUGGGAGGUUUUCUGGGCAGCCUCGUCUUCACCAGUCAUGCUGGCAGCUACAUAAUGUCCUUGUUUGAUGACUGCCUGGUCCCGCUCACCCUCAUCGUCAUUGUGGCCUUCCAGAAUGUGGCCCUGGCCUGGAUCUAUGGAGCCAGGAGGUUCAGGGAAGAAAUGUUCAGUAAACUGGGCCGCCUGCUGUGGUCCUUCUUCACUUUCCUGUGGCGCUACGUGACCCUGCCUGGGCUGCUGGCCCUCUUCACCAUCUGCCUCACGCAGCUCCACUGGAGGGUACCGUCCUACUACAUCGCCUGGAACAGCAGUAUGAGCCAGGAAGUAAAACAGCCCUACCUGCAGAGCACCCUGAGCUGGGUCACCUUCCUCAGCAUCCUCACCUUUCUGCCAAUCCCAGUGCAGCCACUCCACCACUGGUGGCACCUCGAGGACCACAUUGCUUUUGAUCCCUUUGAAAAGCUACAGUCCAAAAAGAUGCCCUUGGUGCCCCCCAAGUCGUUACAGUACCCCAAACACCAAUUGGUGACAUCCCAGAAGACAGACACUGAAUGCUCAUCUAGAAAAGUCAACCCACCCUUGAUUAGGAGGCUGAACCUGAGCUCCUUAUGGAGGUUCAGCCUGCCCUUGAGUGAGUACAACCAGAGCUCUUCCUGGUUCAGCCUGCCUGUCAUUUCAUCCCUGACAUCUGCGCUGUCCAUGAGGAAUGCCAGCACUCCCGUUUCAAGGCAGGUGAGCCCGGCCUCAGUAACCAUAGACAACAGUGACAAGAGCAGGGAGACCCAGGAAGAAAAUUAGGACUCUGUUCAAUAACUGGUGACACCACCCAUUUUUCCAAAUCUGGCAUUAGUGUCCAUCUUGCUACAGAAAUAAUCGGUCCUGUCGGGAAGUAGGGAGAGGGACACAUGGAAAUUUUGCCUAGCAACCACUGACAUCACUCAGUUGGCCUUGGGAGGAAACGGACAACUCAGGAGCGCCUUCCUCUCCUGGAAUAAUACCGAUUCUGCUAAGUGGAACACUCUGAUCUGGGGUUGGAGAAUUCAGAAGAAAUCAACUCGGCCAUUCACAGGGCUGCACCUAGGGCCUCCUUUCUCCCUGUGAGGAGGGAGCAUCAUGUUGGCAUGAUGGAGAUGGGCCUCGAGGCACUUGCCGGGAUCCAGCCCUCCCAGUUAUCAUGGAGACAGACAGUGUUCUCUCCAAACCCCAAACUCCACCACCAACCUGGAACACUGGGGUAGCUAACGCCUCCAGGGCUGCUCUCUCAGAAUGGGGCUGGGAUAACAAAGCUGAGUCAAUAAAUUGAUCCACUGAGACCCCG